AUGGGUUACAAGCAGAGGAAGGAUUUAGCUGCAAGUCGACGGCGGGUUGAGGACGAAGGCGACGAGGAAGGAGCUCUGGAUACAGCAGAUAUAGAUGAUGAAUCCAGCGAGGGGUCAUUAGCAACGGAGGAAGAUGGCACACACGACGGUGACGAGAUCAGCACAGAUGAAAUAGCUCUUGCUGGCUCUCCAGAGCUGCAUAAACUCAACGGAAACCAGCAAAAGGAGUCGUCACGGGAUGGCAAGAGCAACGGCGUUAAGGACAGCUCCAAGAAGCCGUGCACGAACGGUACCAGCGACCUGGAUAUGAUGCUGAAUGGUCUCAAUAUAUCCGACCGCAACGAAACUGCGCAGGAAUUGCAGUAUGAGGAUCUCCGGGAGGAUGAGGACCUCCAAAUACCCUCACCGGCAGUUGUCAACUCGAACGCUCAGAUGGAUCGACCACAAGAGCUACCACAUGAGCGUCGACGACGGGAACAUGAGGAAUACAAGAAGAAGCGAGAUGCGGAUCCUGCCUUCGUACCAAACCGGGGAGCGUUUUUCAUGCAUGAUCACCGUCAUUCUGGGCCCGCGGCGAAUGGGUUCCGGCCCUUCGGUCGAGGUCGAGGUCGAGGUAGGCUGGGUCCUGGGGGACCAUAUGCUUCAUCCAACCAAAUACAUCAAGCACACGAGCCCACUGAUGCACCCUGGAUCCAUGACAUGCACGAAGUCAACAACCAACCAUCCCCUCGCAAUCAUUUACAGGCACCGAGCUCCGCAAACGGACAUUCCACAUCUGCGCGGGUUCCCAUCAGCACUUCAAAGGAAGCCCCUCUCAACCGGGCACUCUCGGUAACGAAACAUAUAGGCAAUGUCCAAAUUCGCGUGCACCUAUUGGGCAUGGAAAAGCCGCUUGUCUUUCCCGGUAUCGCAGUCAAGCAAUACACCCGCUUGCCAGAUCACCGUCCUCCCCUCCGCCGAGACAAGCCAGUUCGCAUCUCUCUUCCUGACCAUCCGCCACGCUACAUAUUCCCCGCCGUUGACAGAUCGUUUAUAUUCAUACCUCGUGCUAUGAGGCCAAAUCAGCAAGGCUUUGGCGGACGUGGUAGAGGAAGGUCGGCUCUUGGCUCUGUUGGUGGAUACUCAAGACGCACAAGUGUCUUUGGUGGUAGCAUGUUUGGCAGUGGAUACUCUCCAAGUGUUGCUAUGAGCCGCCGCUCAUCUCUGGCACGGGAAUACAACCGGGAUAGCUUAGCCUCGCCAACUGGUUCGACCAUGUCCCGACAACAGAUGGCUGUAGACCCAUCUCGUCCUGUUGUAAAGCUGCCACCAGCGAGCCAGUCGGUUCACCCCCAGAACCUCCAGAAUGCCGAUGAGAGGUCUCAACACCAGCCUCCUCAAGGGACUACUGAUGACCUCUCCCGACCACAAACAUAUCCCCUUCCUCAAAAACCAACCUUCCGUGAAAAUCGACCAAACACUAUUCCUAUACAUCAACCCAAACCCCAAAAGACCGUAUCCGUUGCCGAUAUUGAGUCACCAGGAACACUUCAGUUCAACCCCCCUCAACAAUACCAACAGCCUUUCCAUCAGCAGGUUCCUAUUCAGGUCAACGGAAACAGCUACCACAAUGAUAGCUUACUGCAUUCUCGGAACCCGUCUCAUCCAAGCCAGGCAUCUACGGGGACUCCUCUGUCCCAGAUCCCAGAACGUGCUAUACACGCCCAACCAUUCCAACCAAACCCGUACCAACAACCGCCUCCAAACUUCUACUCUCAGUCUCCGUACGGCUCCAUGGCACCACCACUGCAAGGGUACUACUAUCCACCAAGCUAUAACCAGCCUCCAGCUCCAGCUUUUGUCCCCCAACAGCCGCAGCAGCAACCACCUUCAUAUCCUCAGCCUAAUGCGCAGCCAGACAAUUCUGUCUCGCAAGGAGGUGUAUCCAACCUAGUUGCUCAAGAAGUCAACGGAAUGGUAUACUAUUACGAUGCAGCACAAAUCCCUGCUGUUGCCACUUUCCCUGCAUACCAGCCGCCGCCACCUUCCUACCCGAUGCAACAGGUUGGUGGAAUGGUUGGGAUGGGCGGCAUGAUGACACCAAGUCCCGACGGAUUCUAUUUUCCCCAGGCCCAGCCACAAGGCGUUGUGUACUACCCACAGUAA